AUGUCUCCUUCUGAUUUUCUGGACAAACUGAUGGGGAGGACAUCUGGAUAUGACGCCAGGAUAAGACCGAACUUCAAAGGUCCUGCAGUCAAUGUCUCCUGUAACAUUUUCAUCAACAGCUUUGGCUCCAUUGCUGAAACCACCAUGGACUACCGUGUGAACAUCUUCCUCCGUCAGCAGUGGAACGAUCCCAGGCUCGCUUAUUCCGAAUACCCAGAUGACUCUUUGGAUCUGGACCCAUCUAUGUUGGACUCCAUCUGGAAACCGGAUCUGUUCUUCGCCAAUGAGAAGGGAGCCCACUUUCACGAGGUCACGACAGACAACAAACUGCUCAGGAUAUUUAAGAAUGGGAACGUUUUGUACUCUAUAAGACUAACAUUAACACUGUCAUGUCCCAUGGAUCUAAAAAACUUCCCUAUGGAUGUUCAGACAUGUAUCAUGCAGUUGGAGAGCUUCGGCUACACCAUGAACGACCUGAUCUUUGAGUGGCAGGAGAACGGACCGGUCCAAGUGGCCGAAGGCUUGACCCUCCCGCAGUUCCUCCUCAAAGAUGAGAGAGACCUCAGAUACUGCACCAAGCACUACAACACAGGUAAAUUCACUUGCAUUGAGGUACGGUUCCACUUGGAGCGUCAGAUGGGCUACUACCUGAUCCAGAUGUACAUCCCCUCUCUUCUCAUCGUCAUUCUCUCCUGGGUCUCCUUCUGGAUCAACAUGGACGCCGCCCCAGCCAGAGUGGCGCUGGGCAUCACCACCGUCCUCACAAUGACAACGCAGAGCUCGGGCUCCAGGACUUCACUGCCUAAGGUCUCUUAUGUCAAGGCCAUAGACAUCUGGAUGGCGGUGUGUCUGCUCUUCGUCUUCUCCGCGCUGUUGGAGUACGCUGCAGUGAACUUUGUAUCGAGGCAACAUAAAGAGCUGCUGCGAUUCAGACGGCAUCACAAGAGCAAGAGCAAGGUACACCAAGAUGUUACAGACUCAAAGGCCAGCAUCAACAAUACUGUCACUGUGCUGAACACCACGGGAGGCACAGCAAACACUACCCAGAACCCCCCCGGAGGAGCGCCCAAAAGCGGAGGGGGUAAAAGCACGGAAGAGAUGAGGAAGUUAUUUAUCGACCGAGCCAAAAAGAUUGACACUGUGUCGAGAGCCGGCUUCCCCCUGGCCUUCCUCUUCUUCAACAUAUUCUACUGGGUUCUUUAUAAGAUACUUCGACAUGAAGAUUUUCAUAAGCAGUAG